CAGUGUAGAGAGAAGGUGUAUGUGCGAUCACUUAUGUGUCUAGUGAAGGGGUUAGCUUUUAUAGCCCCAACCCAUACCAUGGGAUGAGGGAAAGAAAAUUACCUCUAAGGACUGUACUACAGAAUUUUAUUAACCAUGUGGAUAGUUUAGAAGGCAAGAGGAGCGAGGGAGAUGAUCAGUACGAACAAGAGUUUCAGGAACUGAAGCUGCUGACGGAGACCCUCAAGAUCCGGCCUGAGUACUGCUGCCUCGAGGGCGAGAAAGAUGUUAAUAGGCGCAAGAACCGAUACAAGGACAUCCUACCAUAUGACUACACCCGCGUGGUGUUGAGCAGCUUCCCUGGUGUGCCCGGCAGUGACUACAUCAAUGCCAACUACAUCAGAGGGGCCAGCGGCUCCCGGGCCUAUAUUGGCUCGCAGGGGCCGCUGCCACUCACAGUGCCAGACUUCUGGCGGAUGGUGGUGGAGUGUGAGGUCCAGGUCAUCAUUAUGGCCUCCAACGAGACGGAAGGGGGCAAGCACAAGUGUGAGUGUUACUGGGUAAACAUUCAAAAUGAGGAACGGCAGUUUGGCAACGUAACCGUGUCUUUUGUGAAGGCUCGUCAAGUGUGUCCAGACUUUAUGGUGCGAACUCUCAAAAUAAAGUACACCUCAGAUUCCGGCAAAACAGAAGAGCGUACAAUCUGCCAGUUCCAUUACGUACUAUGGCCCGAUCACGGAGUACCAGAGACUGUCCGGCCAUUGUUGGAUAUGGUGCGUCUGGUGCGAGACUGUCAAGCCUCAGAAACUCUACCUGUUCUUGUACAUUGCUCAGCAGGUUGUGGUCGAACAGGAACCAUCUGUGCCAUUGAUUAUGUGUGGGGGCUACUGAGAGCAGGAAGGUUAACAGAAAACCUGGACUUAUUUGGCCUUGUAAAAGACAUGAGAAGACAGCGAGUUGCGAUGGUUCAGACGAGAGAACAGUAUAUCCUUUUGCACCGAGCUGUGAGAGAGCUGUUUAAGGAACGUUUAAAAGUGAUUGACGCUCAUCCCUACGAAAACAUCGCCACUGAUGGUACGCCACUCAUCCUUCGGGAAAAAGAAAGUGAUUAUGAAGAAUUAUAUGUAAAACCUGAAAAACAAGAUGAGAGUGCCAAACCGACCCCCCCAACCACUGCCCCAAGUGCUGUCUCCACCCCCACCGGCUCACUCACUCGCUACUCUCACACAAGAGGAAACACAGAUUACUUGGCUUCCAGUUCACCUAUAAGCUCACUAGAACGGCCACUAGUUGCGGUUCCUCCUCUGCCACUGAAGCUGUCCAAACCUCCUGCUAAUAUUCAGCCUUCUCCAGGACCUCAUGCCACACCAGCCCCCCAACCAUCUCCAGUCCACAGCCAUUCUUCACCCAUGCCUCAGGCAUCCCCAGUUUCCUUCCCCUCUCCAAGUCAGGCUCAUAUUAGUUACUCGACACCCUCCACAUCUUCAUUCUCAUCAAAUAUUUUUCAAUCCACAUCUACCUGCACUAGUUCCAGUUACUCCAGCACCCAGGCAAUUGUCUCACAAUCCUCAUCCAAUCAUUUGCUUCAUCCUCACUCAAAUAGCAAGAUGGGUAUACAUCCUUCAUCCAAAUUUGAAAAGGAUGCAGAAAAUGCAGCCCACAAAAGACAGGUUACACAGCCAUCUUUAUCCUCUCCUGCUGGGAGUGGUCCUCAAAGAGGUAUUCUUACAUCAUCACUAUCAGGAAGUCCUCAGCCUCUGCCUUCUGGAAGUGCGACACCAUCUGCCACACCAAAUACUACCCCAACACCCCUAUUUGGACUUGGUCUCAGCUCCCUACAUCCUCCAGCAAAGAGUAGAACACCAUCUCCAAGAAUCACAUACAGGAAGCCAUCGGAAAGUCAGACAGAGAGCCAAGGUCUUUGUAAUGAAAUUAAUCAGUCAGAUGAGGAUACAGCAAAUAAGAAUGCUGAAAUAGUUCGCCGGCCAAGUAUAGCAAAGCUCAAGGAACUGUUUGAAAAGAGUGGAGAAGCAGAAACUCCAGGUGUUAGAUUGUCCCGGAGCGCCAGUAGUGUCACGUCAAGAACGAGCCUCAGUGUUCAUCCUGACACAGAAGGAGGCUUCCGAGUGAAACGUAAAAGUAGUCUCGGAGCGGAGGAGACUUUACAGUCGAAAAAGGCGUAUGAAAUCAUAGAAAAAUCACGUCAGCAAAAUCUUAGUUCUUCAUCGCAAGAAUCAUCAAAAAUGCAAACAGCAACUACCACUCCAGUAACAGUUGUAAGUGCUGCCAAGCCACCCUCUAGUCCAGUGUAUACCAGCCCUGUCUUUCGCAGAAGGGGAAGUCAUGCCAUGAAUGAGUCUCAAGAAGAUGGGUCAACUUCAGCUUUAUUAGCAAGAGUAGAUGAUAGACCAGCCUUGCCAGUGAAGAAAAGUAAGUCAUUUAGAUAUGCACGACCCAUAGAUUCAACGACUAACACCAUUGCAUCAACCAGGAGUCCUGAGCUGGCUAGAAAGAAAGCAGAUAUAAAUACAUACUUUAGUCUUGAUCGAGGUAAGGGAGACAGCUCUGCACUUAGCAAGUCAGAAAGUGGAACUGUAAAUUUCAUUGGGGACAUUCCUUCACCAAGAGAAGGGUUCAAAUUGUCUGUGUAUCAAAUACCCAAUGCUACUAAUUCUUCCCAGUCUCUUACUAUAAACUAUAAUGGUAAAGAACAAAAGGCAACUGAAAAUAGGACAGAUUCUAAGCCACAAAUACCUCCAAAAAAGAUAAUUGGGGAACGCUUUAGGAAUGCGCGGCCCCCAGAGUCUCUCCAGAUCACCACACCUCAACCAUACACAUCAUCUUCAUCAACAACAACAACCACUCUACACACCCCACAAUCUGCUCCAAUAAUGUUUUCAUCCAUGUUUGAGAAUCCAACAUUCUGGAAUCGUUCCCAACACAAUCAAAUUGAUAAAUCAAUAUACGACUGCCCAAAGGAUCUUCAAGCUGCUACAAGGACCGACUUUGAUAAUCUUUCUCAUAUAUCCUCUGUGGCAACUAUUCCUAGUACCCAAGUAUCACAGGCCUCUCCUGUAGCAGAUGCCAAAUUAACUACUACAGUCUCUGGUCUAUCACCUUCUUCAACACCAAGACCAUCACCAACUUCAGAACUUACUCAAGAUGUUACAUUAAAUAAGGAAUACGUAAAUGCUCGAGUAGUUAGAAAUCCUAACGCUGAUACAAAAGAAUCAACAAGGUAUGUUUAUUUACCUCUCCCGUCAAAGAGAGGUUCACGGGACAAUAAACAACCUCACGAGUAUGCCAACUGUCCCUUAACUGGACAGUCCCAACCAGAUUUUGUGGGAGAGGACCCAACUGAUCUCUAUAUGGACCCUCAAGUUCUGAAGAAGGGGAUUACUGGCAAAUUUCCUGUUUAUGAUGAAGUUGUUCCCUCACCUCAAGCCAAAAUAUUUGAAGCUUCUCUUCUGAAAUCUACAUCAAAAGAAAAUGUUUCCCUGCUAUUAUCAGCUUCUACAACACCAGUGUCAGCCAGCACACCAGUGUUAGCCACCACACCAGUGUCAGCCACCACGCCAAUGUCAGCCACCACGCCAGUGUCAGCCACCACGCCAGUGUCAGCCACCACGCCAGUGUCAGCCAUCACACCAGGCUCUGCUACUACUCCAGGAUCUGCAGAUUAUGAAAUGAUGGAUUUUGGAGAAUCAAAUGCAAGUGUAGAUGAGGUGUUUGAAACAGUGAAUUAUGAACUGCUUGGUGCUAAAGACAGAAGAAAUCAUAAAAAUGUGGACAGUAAAAGAGACUUUUACUCCAAGAAAGAUCUGGAUCCUAUUGCCAGACAGGUAUAUCAAGACUGCCAAGACUACCUCCUCCAUGGUAACAACAAAUCACCAAUGCCAUCUCUUAUGCCAAAACCACAGGAGAAAGAACUCGAAAAAGUAAGUAAAGCAAGUGAAGUUGCUGGUCAACAUGGCAGUUCAUCUCUAGAUACGAGUAUGGAUGUUGAUGAAGUCAGAAGUAAAGUCAAUGUGGCACCGCAAGGUCUACGGACAAGAGAAAGAAGGAACAGUUACAGACAGGCAGUAAAUCCAGUCACUCCGAAUGAGUCUAAAACACCCGAAGAGAAGCCUCACCCAGCCACGGAACAUAGCAGAAACAUGCACAAGUACGAAACUAUUUGGUUUGAAAAUGGGAAGCACAUGAAAAGACUAAACAAUCCAAGCCCCAACAGCCAACAAAACUUACAGCACCACACCACCAAAUCACCAACUUUCCUAUCUGAGGGUGAGGAGUCAUCUAAAUCUAAAGGAAGUGGAAGCACUACUAUGCAUGCUCAACUUCCUGCAUCUGAGGAACAUGGACCAAACCUGAACUAUAAAUCUAACAGCAAGGAUGCGCUCUUCAGGGAAAAACUGGAGGAACUACACACACUUGUAAACAAUUUAGAAAGACAAAAGCCAGUAAGAUUACACGCGGCAUCUCCUGGAUCUGUAGAGGACGAUGCCAACUCUAAAGGCUCGGGGAGUAAUAACAGUACCCUUCAGUCAUGCUCCACAACAUCCUCUAGAUCCAGUGAGGCCCAAGAACCAAUAUACGCUAAUGCCCAUUUGCUACCGAUUUCUCGAUCCCUGUCAACUAAUAAAGUGCAACAACUUCCUCCAAGAGCUGUGAGAAAUCAGGAAAUAACCGAGACAAGAUCACCCCCUCCGCUCCACCACAGUAGGACUGAAGUUAAACUGGACAACACAGAGUCAAAACCAGAUAGACAUUCUCCUCUGAUAAAUGGAAACUCUCUGUAUGGCACCAUUGCCACAACUACUUUCAGAGCUAAACAACCUGGAAAUAACACAGUGUCUCCUUCCUUCCAUAACCUUGCGCAAAAUCAGGGAAAACCACCAUCGCCGUAUCACAGUAUGGUCUCCACUGCUACACUCCCAGCACGUGCUACCAUAUCCCCGACUCUCUAUCACAAUAUCCCUCCUCCUAAAGGAUUUGGAAGUGGAACAUCUCCAAGUAAUUCUCCAAAUCCUCAUCAAAGUCUUCAACAGAAUCGUGAAAACCGUGAACCCCAGACAUCCUCGCCGUACUACAACAUGUCGUCGUUCACCAGCGGUAGACCAAAUCAGAUGCAAAGAAAUAUAGCGGCACAAGAACAACGGCAAGGGAACAAGUCUGGCAUCUCUCCAUAUACAAACCUACCUCCCAACUCAGCCGGGGUACGCUCACACUUUCCCCAUCAUCAGCCAGCCAGAGCACACAUUGUUGGUGAUAUUGCUUUUGUUGGUGAAGAAUCUGUGCGGCUGAGAAGACCCGGCCUGGUACAGCCUCCAAGGGUGGAAAAUGCCAGUAGUAGUGACUCCCGGGGGUCUGAUGGGGCUCCUGUAGCCCCUCCGAGAAUUAAGAGGAAUUCGUCCGCUGGAUUGCCUCGGCAUAGUGCUAUCGACUCGUCUCCCUUUAUCCAUAAUGAAUGGCGUUGUUUAUCAGAUACUCAAGACAACUACCGACAGACCAUCCUCACCACCAAACAGAAUUGGCCAAUGAGUGAUGAUGAGCCCCCACCUGCUGUUCCUGCCAAGACUGCCGCUGCAUACCAGUACCCUGAUCCACCACCACCGCCCCCACCACCUCACUCUCGUAUCUCUAAUCUUAACCACCUACCUCCUACCCACUACUCUCCGUAUACACAGCCACCCCCACCCAAGCCCAUACAACCCCAGUCAUCACACAUAUUGCAGCAUCCACAACACCUGUCACAGUCACUCGCCACAUCCUCACCCUCUUCAGUGUACCAGUCACCCUCGUCACUAUCGCCCUCCCAGCAUCCCAAACAUCAGUCCCCGUCACACCGUCGAGAUCCUCAGCACAGACUGCCAACAGAGCCAGAAACAAUCCCAAACCAGAGGCCCUCGCCAUCGACAAAUCCAGUAGUAUUAACCUCAGCCAAUAAUAAUGCCUCUGUCGUAGCUCAGAGUAGAGUUGAGGAUGUAGCAGCCAAUGAGAGUAGUUCAGAAAGCUCUGAUGAUGAGGGUAUUUUUCACAAGUUCUCAGCCCCUAAUAUCUUUAAAAAGUGGCGAGCCAACAACAAACAAAUAAUCCCACCAAUGCCAUCUUCUCCUAAAACUGCAUUUUACCCACUUUCUUCUAAAGACACGAAGGAGGAGAAAGACACCCAGAAGGACAUGAGGGGAUUACGAGAAACAAAUAAAGAAACUGGAUUAUCCUUGCCAACAUCCCCAAAACCCCUAGCAAAGGCAUUUGGAAAAUUAAAACUGAACUCAAAAUCAGUAGCAGCCAACUUCAAGUCUUAUUUGAGCCAACGGGGGGAUAAAGUAGAGGGUGAAAAUAAUGAGGGUGCUGGAGGUCUAUCUGGACUAUCGGGUAGCAUUUCACCUAGCUCGCCCAGGACCAACACUCGAGGAAUUCAGAAGAGUGCAAGCUCAGGGCCGGCCAUUACUGCUUUCUCACAAGUGGUACAAGACUACAAAUACCCAACCCCAAUACCAAAGAAACCAGCUGGCCCUCGUGACGUGCCAGCUCACAUGAGAGGCUCCACACCAACCAAUUCCCAUGUCAGGCUUAAAACAGAUCGUCCACGUCAACAGUACCUGUAGCCGAGUGCUAGUGGGCUUGGUCUUGCAUUGUUCCAGGGUCCAAAGUAAAAGCUGAGACCCAGUUUCCUAAAUGGAAGCCAAGGCAUAGUCUACAGCAGCAAUACCUCUGGCUGAACACUGGUUGGGUUGGUAUUAUGAUGAUCCGGGUACCCAAGUUAACGCUUAAACAGGUUGGUCGAACAGUAGAAGUUGGCUAUUUUUGCUUUGUCUUAAAUGUUUUUAUUAUCCAUCAAGAUAAAUUUUCACUGUUAGAAAGAAAUAUUGAUAAAGAAAUUUUUUGAAUGAUUGAUGACAAGAGGAUUUGGUGUAACUUAAAUUAGUCUUGAUGUUUAAAGAGGACAUUCUAUUUAUUUACUGUAAGCAUCAAGUAUUGCCAGCAUGUAAACUUAUACAGUGUACAUGUAAAUUUUUUUAGAGAACUGUGACUCACAUGUGACCUAAACCUAAUUCUUACCCAAGCACAUUGUUAUGCCCUCAUUAUUUUUAAUUCUCUCUUUUUUUUUUUUUACUUAUAGGACAGAGAAACAGUAUUCUGUAGUGGUAUCAUAUGCAGUGGGGCUUUCCAUUAUCCAAUUAGGUUUUUGAGAAAUUUAAAAUGUUAAAUAAUGUUGAUAAAUUAAAUAUAAAAGUCCAUAAUUCUGAUUACUGGUACUUUUAACUGCUUGUGUGUGAUACCAUAAUUGCAGUAUAGAAGAAGUUAUUUUUAGUAGUACUGCAAUAAUUUACCUAUAACACUUUUAUACAUAUAAUUUCCUAGACACCAGAUACUCACGAGUCCCACCAAGUUUUCUCGAGAUGUUGACUUAUCAACGUCAGAUUACUCUGUAAUUUAAACUUCUCAUUUACACAGUGGCCACCAAGUUGCUCAGACUUUGGUAAUCACCACAUUUAUUGUUUUCCUUGAUUUAUUGAUCAUCGAUAAUCAAUUUCCUACUCCAAAAAAGCUCUUAAUAUGUUUUAAAAAUGCUUACUGUACAUAUAUACAUUUAUUUAAGUCCUAUUACGUCAUCAGAGAUGUGUGAUUAAUGUCGUCGUACAAGUUCAUGAAAAUAUUAUUUAUAUUUUCGAAUGGCAAGCUGAGCAGGUCAUCCCAAUGGCUUCAUAGAAUUAUCAGCUGCAGACUGUAUUUCACAUUCAUGACAUACCAUCAAGUUCUUAGAUGUACUUGAGAUAAUAUGAAGAGGUUACUCUUUCAUUAUCAACUUCUUGCUUGGUGAAUAACAUUAGGAAAUAAUUCUCAUUAAAACGGUAUAUAAUAACAUGUCUUGAGCACUCAGGCAGACUUGAGUGUGUGCCAGAAAUGUGACCUUUGGAUAGUGAUGUGUAAUGGAGAAUAAUGUAUAGCCAUCACAGCCUGUAGAGCACUGCCCUGUACAUAGCAACUUUGUUGAUAUAUUUAAUGUGCAUUUUAGGUGUAAAGAAGUUUAUGACACUUGUAUAGUAAUAGAUGACCGUUUUGCAUUUUCACCAUUGUUUAAAUUGUUUGUGAUAUAGACAAUCAUUUGUGUGCCUAGCUGUCGAGACCAAAUAGAUGAAAGUAAACCAACAAAUAGGGUAUGCUUAGUUUACCACUAUUUUUUACAGUUAUUCAGUGUCCAUAUUUCUUGAACAGUGCAUCACUUGAACAUCCUGCUUUUAAAUAUUCCUUGUGGAUCUCCCCAUAUACACAGGGUGGUGCAUGAAAAAAUGCUUGAAUAUGACAGGCUGGUGUCCUGGAAUGCUGUUUUAUUUUUUCUCAUACACACUUCUUGGACUACCCUGUAUUUACAUGUGUUUCUAACCAUUGAGUUUGUAUAGAAUUCAGUGUGAGCAAUAACACCUUUCUCAAUGAUUCCUGUUGUACUGGUGAUGCGUCGUCUGUUUCGGAAUUAUACGUAAAUUUCAUUUUACUGUACAUACUAAGUCAGGAGAUGUAAAGAAAAAGAUUGGUCUCUGGUAGACCCGUUUUUGAAUGAUUGUAUAGUUUGUGUGCUGUGUCUGUAGAAAAUAUUAUCCAUCCCUCCAGGAGAAUUAUAUUAUUCUAAAUCUUUCUUCCUGGUUAAUUUGUUGAUUACAGUUUAUAGAAUAAAUAAUAAUCACAGUAUGACUGAAACUGAAUCCAAGUCCUGUCUGUGCUCUCUAAUCCCAGGGAUAGUUAUUUGCUGCCUAAGUCUAUUGCAUCUGUUAUGGAGAAGCCAAAAAUGCCAUGUCAUUAUUUAUUCAUUGUAUUGUAUUUUAAAAAAUCAUUAUAUAUUGUAACUGAGUAACUGAACCAUUUUUCUAGCUUUAUUUUAUUAUUAUAAUAAGAAAAUACCUUCCAUAUCCCAGUCAUAUUUUUAUUUGAUUAUAAAAAAAUAUCUGUAUGACAAGAUGAUAUUGGAAGGGUGUACAUAGCUCAUUAACUACUGUGAAAUUAACGAGUUUAGCAUUAUUACAUUGGAUCCUACGACUGUUCAAGAAAAAUUUAAUGCAAGAUAAAACUUAUCACAGGAAAUGGUACCAGUACUUACCCAUCGUGGGGAGAAGUGGAAGUGAUCUCCCAGUUUGCACGUUUAGUUUCUGUGUGUAAUGUGCCAUAUUUAAAGAACUGUACAGCUGAUGCUCAGCUUGUUCAUACUUUUAUAAGACUAAGUGAAUAACUUUAAUAUCAGUGCUGAAUAAUUCUUUUUUUAUAACUUUUAUUAUAUAUAUAUAUAUAUAUAUAUAUAUAUAUAUAUAUAUAUAUAUAUAUAUAUAUAUAUAUAAAGUGAAGAGAAACUGUAAUAUAACGAGUAGUAAGCAUAAUGAAAAAACAUAAAUUAAUCUUAUUUGCUUUAUGAAUUUUAAGAACAUUCUUUUUUUUUAUACUGUAGUGCAGUAUAAUACACAGUAUAAUUAUAUAAUACAUCAUAUAAUAUGAUAAUAGUCACACGUGUGACUGCUUAGAAAAGAUAUCCAUACACGGUAUUCUUAUCACAAAAUUCAGUCUCGUCUUUAUACUGUACUAAAAAUUAAGUAAAUUUUCUUUGUACGACAAUAAGUGAUAACAUUGAACAGUAAAUCGUGCGCCGAUUAAUGAAUAUCGAUGUGUCAUUCACACUCGCUGCACAUGUAUGUACAGGUAACCCUCAUUUAAUGAUUGGGAUGCAUUCCUGCAAAACAGAUUUUUAAGCAAAAUGAUCGCUAAACGAAGGAUAACGUGAAAUAAUAUCCUCAACAGGGGAUAACGAGGAUUAAUAUCCAUGGAAAUGGCAUGUAAUUGUGUAGCCGAGUCCCGGACUCGCCACCCAGUAGCACUUAGACCAGGUGAGGCUGAGCUAAGUUAUUGUUCAACUCGUAAUAUCAAAUAAAUACUGUAUACAUAAUUCUUUUCUUUUACUUUGUUACAUGAACACACAAUCAUUCAUACAGAAUGUGCAAAAAAAUAAAAAUAAAUAAAUAAUUAUCAUAAGGUUAAAAACAAAGGUAAUAAAGAUUUUUUAUGUACUCAACAGUUAGCCCACAGAGCUAGGGGAGCGGUGUGGGGGAUCUCUCAGCUAUUCUCUUGUCUUGUGUCCCAUAGGGGGGAGGGAGAGUGCGGCUGGCCAGUUACAGCUCACUUCCCACAAAUACAUACCCAUUCUCUUCAUUUUUCUUAUUUUAUAGUUUUAUAGUAAUGUACUGUACAAUAAAAUUAUAAAAUACAGUACAGUAUACAGAACAGCAUUUUCUUUAUUUCUAAGCCACAUUAUAGUACAGUACAGUAUUGUAAUGAUGUGCACUUGGAGCACAGAAUCCCCAGUCUUUUCAACUUCCAUCCCGAAUUUUUCCCAGAGUCGAAGAUCGCCAAACCGAAAAUUGACAACUAUUAAAUAAGAGUAAAAAAAAUUUUAAUUGCUAAACCGAAAAAUCGCCAAGUGAACGAUAGUUAAAUGAGGGGGAUUCCUGUACUCCACAUUAAAAUAAUGUUGAGUAUAUUAUACUUUCAUUUACAUUUCAUUCUUUUUAACUUCAGCAUCACUUCAACUUUUAGUGUUUAAAUGAACUUCUGUGUACAGGUACUGCAGCAAUAAAUUUAAUUAUGAUGGCAUUUUGAAUAACUGCACCAGGUACAUUAUCGUUAUAUUUAACUAAGAAACUCGAGAAAACAGGAAACAAUUACAAUAUACAGGAAGUUCUCACUUAACGUCGGGGUUACAUUCCUAAAAACGCGACGUUAUACGAAACAACGUUAAGCGGAUCAAUUUUCCCCUUAAGAAAUAGAUAAAAUACGGGAGUUACGUUCCCCAGCCUCCUUUUGCCGCAUGAAUACAAUACAUAUACAGAAAAUCAUUGCCACCCCUAUAGAAAACAGCAUACAGCGUGUGUUUAUAUAUAUAUAUAUAUAUAUAUAUAUAUAUAUAUAUAUAUAUAUAUAUAUACAGUAUAUAUACAGUAUAUAUACAGUAUAUAUAAAUAACUACUAAGUUUGUAUUGGUACUCGCCAAUGGGCGGAGGUGGUAAAGUGAGUGUGUGGUGGUUAGUGGAGCGAAGGAGGAUGAUGGCGAGCGGAGGAGGAGGGUGGGAGCGGAGGAGGGUGGAGUCACUGAGACUCUGCGGCUGCCUCCUCCCCCUCCUCCUGUUCUAACUGGGGUUCCUCCGCCGCUGUUUGCUCCUCCUUGGCUGUCGGCUGUUGUGAAGAAGCUACUUCUGCCGUCCCACGAGACACAAAUGAAUCCAGUGUUGAAUGUUCGGUGGACUCCUCUUCUUCUCCUUAUACAUCUCAGUGUAACAACCAAGACUGUCAUCAAUGCUGCAUUGAACCUUUGAGCUACAUUCUCUGUUUGGAUCAUCAUGUAUAAGGAUUUGCAUUGCUUGCUGGAACAUGUUGAACGCUUCUGUCAUCCUCUUGAAAGUUAACGUUCGUUGAGGUUCUACUUCGUCGUCUUCAACGGGACUGUGUUCUGUUAACAGUUGCAGAUCUUCGUUGGUGAGUUCUUCUGUAUGGGAUGCCAAGACGUCCUCAAUAUCCUCUGAUUCCAGCUCAUCAAAGCCUGCCUGUCUAGCUAAGCUGAGGAUAUCCCUAUUCACAGCUGGGACUAAGUUUGUGAACCCCGUAAAACUGUUGAUGCGCUCGAGCCACAAUUUACGCCACACACCAUUCAGACAACUUUCUGAAACCUCUUCCCAUGCCUUGCCAAUGUUAUCAAUUGCAUGAAGAAUGUUGAAGCCACUCCAAUAUUCUCGGAUCAUAGGUUUAUUUUCUCCGUCUGUAGCCUUGAGCAGCUGGGCCAUGGUACGGCGUAAAUAAUUAUUAUAAUAUGCCUUGAAUGUGGCAAUGAUGCCUUGGUCCGUAGGCUGCAUCAGUGCUGUCAUGUUGGGAGGCAGGAAUACAACUUUUACACUGUCAUGCAAGUCGUCGAGAUUGGGAGGAUGAGCUAGAGCAUUGUCAACGAUCAGAAGAAUUUUGAAGUCAAGGUUCUCCUUGACACAGUAUUCCUUUAUUGCAGGGACGGCGUACACGUUCAACCACUGGCUAAAUAUGGCGCCGGUUACCCAAUGCCUUCUUAUUUGCCUUGUAGAUUACAGGAAGGUGAUCCUUAGAGUAACCUUUCAGGGCUCGUGGGUUUGCAGCACGAGAAAUCAGCAGAGGCCUCAGCUUGAAAUCACCGGCAGCGUUCGCGCCAAGCGGCCUUUUGCCGAUUUAAAACUUGGCUCUCUUUUCUCUUCCUUGGAGAUAUAGGUCCUCUCAGGCAUCCUCUUCCAAAAGAGACCAGUCUCAACCACAGAGAAGACUUGCUUCGAUGAGUAGCCUCCUUCCUGGAUAAUCUGCUUGAAUUCAGGCGGGAAUGUCUCGGCAGCAACCGUAUCUGGACUAGCAGCUUCACCAGUCAUCUUUAUGUUGUGGAAGUUAUAACGACGCUUAAUUCAUUGAAACCAGCCUCGGCUGGCCGUAAAGGUCUCUUCCUUUCAUCCUUCACCCUCUUCUGCCUUUAUAUCGUCAAACAAGAAUCUGGCCUUAUGCUGGAUAACCAUAAGGCUCACUGGCGCAUUGCGUUGAUUUUGGUCCUCCACCCACAUAGCCAGCAUCCUUUCCACUUUUUCUAUCACAGUGCUUCCAGUACGAGCUGUCUUAGUAGCACUCAGAGAAGAACCACUCCCAGCACUAAUCUUAAUCUUGUCAGCGUUGGUUCGGAUAGUACGCACCAUUGUGGGGGUUAGACCAAGCACAGCGGCUAUGUCCACAGCACGUUUCCCUUUAUCAAAUUGGAUUAAUACAUCAAUUUUUGUAGCAAGGGUAAUGGUCAUACGUUGCCUCUUCACUACACUAGCACUUGAUGGCCGCUUGGAAGCCAUUUUGAAUGGUUAGAGUACAGUUUUAGAGCAAAAACACUUAAGCACACACGAAUGAUGUGAAGUCGUAACAGAGAAUGGCUUGGCGUCGCUGUGAUGUUCCGCAAGUGAGGGCAGCGCGCCGAGCCGAGAGAGCUUAGCGCGACCAGACAAGAGCGGGUGAUGCUCCGUAGAAAGUAGUCCGUGACAUCGCAAAACGACAUAGUAUUGGAUCACCGGGACGUUAAACGAAUUUUUGGUCUCUAAAGUUUAGCGAUGUAGUACCGAAACAACGUUAAGCGAGGACUUACUGUAUCACUCAAAAUUUUGAUAGGCUCAUUUUUAACAAAUACAUAUCUUAAUUAUCAUAUUGUAUAUUUAGCCUUUCUCUGCAUAAUGUGUUUUCAGCCAAUGCUUAUUUCUUAAUACAAAUAUCACAUAACACAACUGCAUUACAAGCAUUAGUCACUUCACUGUAUGUUAUACUGUAUAUGUACUUCUCCACCACAGACAUUUCGUCACUCAUUUUAAGCAGUGCACUAUUUGUGCUGUGAAAAUAUUUUCUUUACAAAUUAUCAUUACAACCCCAUGUGCUAAAUUCCCAACAACAGUGUUGAAAAUAUCCACUGUGUGAUUCUGCUGUGGCUGAAAUGUUUUGGGAAAAUUUUAACGUGUUAUGUUGGCUCAAGAUCCAGAGGCAAAAAUAAUCACAGAUUUGGAUAGACUGGUGGUUAAAACCACAUAGUGAAGUAUUCUCCAUGUCCUUGCUCUCAGACACAGAAAUGUGUAUGGAGAGUAUGCAAACAUAGAGAGGAAAGGGAAUGAACAGCGCUUAAAAAUGUUGGUAUUAAUUAGGAAAAUUAAAAAAUAAGAAUAAUACAAUAACACUGAAUUAUAGUUUGUAAUGUCAUUUUAAGAUGGUAAUAAUAUUAAAUUAUCAAUGUGUCUCUAUAUUACCUCAGCUUUGUUUGGUGCAGGACUUGAGGGUUGGUCACUUAGAUCUUAGAGAACCUUCCACAAACACCUCUGCCAUAAACCCUCCCACACUCAAAUGUUCAUAUAACACACUGUACCAUCUUAACAACUGAAUUGAAAUGAGUUAUUUACAGACUGAUAGUUAAAACUAUCAUAAACACCUGGUAGCAAAAUGUAAAACUGUUUUUGUCUUUAAAAAAAAAAUAUGUCGUAGGUCUUGGUUACACAUUUAUUGUAUUCAUGAUCAAUAAUUGUGAUCUUACAAUUUUGAAAACAUCCAUGGUUGUAUUGGAAUGCUUCAAUAAUUGAUAAUUUUUCCUGCCAUAGAUUUUAUUUUUUUUGCAGUGGUGAAAAGUUAUGCAAUUCUUUAUCAAAGGAAAAUAUGUUAAAACUUUAAUUUUCAUCAUAGGUCAUCCAGUAGCUGUUUUUUUUUAGCUUAUUACUAUAGCCCAACUUAAUGAGCAAUAAUAAUGUCAAACUUAUAUAUUUUCUUUAUAAUCUAGAGCACAGUACAUUAUGUAUACAACACUUACCAAAAGAAACCUAUUUAUUUACACUUUGGGACUGCAAAGGUUUCCAACCAGGGCCUUACACUAUGCAAAUGUAAGUGCACAUGAAUAACAAUUAUAACAUAAAAUUUUAAAGCUGCAUAAUUAAAAACAAAUGCAGAGGGAUGCACGUAACUUCUCUUAGGAUUAAUAACAUUACAUACAGUACAGUAUUGUAUUACAUUUACAUUAUGUAAAUUUUUUGGGUAGCAGAAAUUUUUCCCACAAUGUAGAUUUAUUUUAUCAAUCGUACUCAACUCACAGCAUGCUGGGGUGGGAGAGGUUAAACAGCCGACCAAGAACUUGUAUAAAUUGAUUAAUCCUUUUCUUGAGAGGCAUAAUACACUUUCUUCCAACCCAUGUUGCUGGUAACUAAGUAAGAGUGAUAGGUAGAUUAUUAAAAAAUGCACCACAGAAAGUUUUACACAAAAGUUACUUAUUCAAAUAUAAACUUGUCCGGUGACAUUAUAUUGAUUAAUGAGAAUUUAUGUACUGUAUACAGCAUUUCUGUUAUUAUCAGUUCAACCGCGAUUUUGUUAAAUAGUCUACUCUGCCACAUACAGGCAUCAUUGAGAAAUUAUGAAAAAAUGCUCAGUGUUGUACUGUACAUACGAAGUCCUUUUAAUGAGAACUUGCUUGACUUACCUAAGUUGGUUCUGUGCAUAAGGCAAGAUGUUUGUUUGCUUGUGCCCGCUACACACAAGCUUCUGAGUGAAUCUGAAUAUGGCGGCAAAUUUUUCCUUUUAAAUGAUAGUCUUCUUAAGUAAUGACUACUAAGUGUGAUAUUUUAAUGUCUGAUUACUCUGUACAUAUAAUCUUAAUCACGAUAAUUAAAAUUUUGUUGUACAAUUCAUGUUAUAAAAUGCUUUCUUCUGAUAUAAA